UCUUACAAACCAUUAUUUACUACAGUCAGCUGUUUGGCUUUUACAACAAAUCCGUGUUAGUUUUUAAUCGGGUGUCGCUUCUGCCUUUACUCUGGAAAUGCCUCGUGACUACAAACCGCCGAUCAACGUAUCUCCGUUUAUAAGGCUGACCCGUUGGAGCCUUCUUUUCGCUGGGAUCAUGUACGGCAUGAACAAGCAAAUGUUCUACACUGAAGUUGAGAAGAUGCGAAAAAGCGGAAUGGACGAUUGUGAAAAGACAGGCGAUGCGGAAGAUGUAAACGGGACGCCAAGGGAAUUAGCAGAACUGGAAAAGUGGCUUUCAAAAAGUUCGGAAAAGAAAGACUAACGAAAAAUAUGAAUUUGUAAAAUAAUAAUAGUGUUUUUUAAACCUUC